UGACGUUUUUCUGACAUUUCUUUUUAGGUUGGAUGUGCAUUUGUGAUUGUAUUUUGCACAUGUAUUUCGUUAUUUCUGCGGUUUACUUGAAUCUAAUUGAUUAUAUUUGAUUGCGUGUAUAAAUCACAUAAAUCACCAUGCAGGGUCCAGCCGUUUUUAUGGAAAUAUCGCUCGAAGAUCAGGCGCAGGAGCUCCGCAAAUACUUCAAGAGUCUUGGAGCUGAGAUAUCAGAAGAAAAAUCCCCAAAAGGAAUAGAAGAUGAUUUACACAAAAUUGUCGGCGUUUGUGAUGUUUGCUUCAAAGAUGGCAACGAAGCCGAUAUUGAAGCCAUUCUGAACAGUAUUGUCUCCAUCAUGGUCUCGAUUCCAUUGGAGCGAGGAGAGAACCUUAUCCUGGCUUUCAGUCAAAGACUUACUAAAGCGCCUGGACCGAAACUCGGUAUCAUCGCCCUGCAGUCUUUAUGGAGGCUCUACAAUAACCUGGAAGCCAACUCUCCUCUCCGCUACCAUGUGUACUACCACGUCAUUGAGCUUGCGUCCCGUGUGAGCUGCGUCACAGAAGUGUUCUCCGGAGUGGAACAACUGAGGAAAGAGUUCACCGCGAGCCCCCCCUCCAACGAGCAAAUGCAGAAACUCUACCGAUUAUUGCACUCAGUGCUGAAGGAUAACAACAGUGAGUUAGCUGCUAAAGUGAUGAUUGAGCUGCUCGGCACUUACACUGAUGAGAACGCCUCAUAUGCCCGUGAAGAUGCCAUCAAGUGCAUUGUGACGGCGCUGGCCGACCCCAACACCUACCUGUUGGACCCUCUGCUGUCACUGAAGCCCGUGAGGUUCCUUGAGGGAGAGCUCAUCCAUGAUCUGCUCACCAUCUUUGUGUCGGAGAAGCUCACCAGCUACCAGGCUUUCUACCAGAACCAUAAGGAAUUUGUUCACUCUCAAGGUCUGAACCACGAGCAGAACGUAAAGAAGAUGAGGAUCCUGUCGUUCAUGCAGAUGGCGGAGCGCAACCCCGAGAUCACCUUCGACGAGAUCAUCAGCGAGCUGCAGAUCCAGGAUGAGGAUGUGGAGGCCUUCAUCAUUGAGGUACUGAAGACGAAGUUAGUGCGCGCGCGCAUGGACCAGGCGGCGCGCACCGUGCGAGUGUCCAGUACCAUGCACCGCACGUUCGAGCGCGCCCAAUGGCAGCAGCUCAAGACCGUGCUGCUCGCGUGGCGCGCCAACGUCCAAUCAGCGCACGAGGCCAUGAAGUCCGUCACCGCAGCACAGCUCGAGCUCAACGCUCCGCCAGCUAAAGCCUAAACCGCGGCCACUGAUUGGCUUAAUACGUAUUGGGUUUUUCACCAUGCUGCAGUAACUGCAAAUGUUUAUAUUCCAAACUCUGUAAUCUGUCUUGGUCUAUUUUCGCAUUAUUGUGAAUUACGGUUCUAAAUUCAGUGAAUAAACUUAUUUAAGUUCA